GGCGAGAUCUACUUGUUCAAGGGGGUGAACUCGUAUACCCAAAACACCAUGUCCAUGCACAGCAGUACCGGCUGCUGGAUGGAUGAGAGAAAUGUCAACGGCGCGAACCUGAAUGUCGCCGCCUCCGAGGGCGGCACCAACUGCGAUCCGAAUGUCAACUACCAGUCCUGUGGUGCCUCGGUAAACAGCAAGACUAGCUUCGGCCAGGCGGCGAACGAUGUUAAUGGGGCCACGUAUGGGCCCGAACUCACUGCGGACGGUAUCAAGAUGUGGUGGAACACCGACCACGGACAAGUGGGUGUGUCAUUUUUUUUUCCUUCCUGGUUGUCAUGGGGUUAG